AUGUUCUGGGAAUGUCAUAUAUUAACAUCAUCGAUUGACAAAUUACUUGAUCAACCAGUUGAUCAAAUAAAAUUACAAGAUUUUCUUGAUGAAAAUGAUUUAAUUCAAGAAUGUCUAAAUCAAAAUAAACGUCUACUUGAUUAUCUUGUUCAAGCAAAUAUUAUGCAAGAACUUAUUCAUCAUGUAAUUACAUUACCAAAAGAUGAUAAUUUUCGUAAUGCAAAUGUAGUUAGUGAAUUAUUAUCCGGAGAUUUUCAACGUAUACAAGAUACUUUAUUAGAAAAAGUUAAUUUGGAUUUAUUAUAUUCAUUUUUAUUAUCACAAAAUAAUGAAAUACUUAAUCCAAUAUUAGCUUCAUAUUUUUCACGUAUAAUUAAUACAUUAAUUAUUCGUAAACCAAAUGAAAUAAUAAAUUAUUUUAAAACACGAGAAACAUUUAAAGAUGAUUUUCUACAUAAUCUAGAUGCAACAUCAAUUACAGAUAUAUUAUAUCGUUUAAUAUCUGAUUCAGGUGAUCAACGUUCAGAUACAAUUAAAUGGUAUGAAGAUAUUAAUUUAAUUGAUGGUCUUAUUCAACAACUUUUAAUAACUGAAUCAAAAUCUGUUCAAAUCAAUAUUGCUAGUUUAUUGAGUGAAUUUUUACGUUUAGCAUUUGAUCAACAAACUGGAAUUGAUUGUGAUACGGCUGGUACAUCAUUAACAGCAACAAUAGAACGAUUACUUCAUGGUCGAAAUGAUAAUCAUGAAGGAACAACACUAUUAAGUCAUCUUUCAUCUAUUAGUAAUGAUGAAAAACAAGCUUUGAAUGCUGAAUCAGAAGAAAAAUUAACACCGGUUGUUCUUGCUCAACAUAUUCUAUCAAAAUCUAAUCUUGAACAAAUAUUCGAUGCAUUAAUCAAACGUCCAACACUUGUUAUAAUGGGAUGUGAUUUUCUUGAAAGUAUUCUUGAUCUUCUUAGUCGACAAAUGCCUGUACCAGUAUGUAUACCAAUAGUAUCAAAAGAUAAUAAUUCUUCUUCAUCAAAUAACGAAGAACCAAUGCAGGUUAAUGAUGAAGAGGAUUCUGUAUCGGUGAGUAAAUCUAAUGAGAAUGAAAAUGCCUUAAUAAAACUUGCCAAAGAUCCUCUUAUUCGUAUUUAUUUAACAUUACUUGAAAUAAUUCCUUCUCGUUUACCAUCAUUAAUUGCCUUACUUUCAACACCAUGUCCACCAUUAAUUCCAUUAUCAGAUGAUAAACCGCAAAAAGAAGAAAAUCAAUUUAUUAAUGAACCUCUUGGACCUAUGCGUCUUAAUUUAAUAAAAUUCUUUUCAAAAUUAAUCUAUACAAUUUCGAAUGAUUAUACCGGUGAUAAUAUUUAUCAAAUAUUAAAUUCCAAUCAUUUAUUUCAAAUAUUAAUUGAUCUUUUUCUUCGACAUGUUUACAAUAACUUUUUACAUACACAAGUUUACCUUAUUAUUCGUCUUAUUAUUCAUAUAAAUUCAACUGCUGUUAAACAAUCAAAUGAUAUUUGGACGCGUACAUCGCUUCCGAAUCAAGAACAAAUUUCCAAUUCAUCAUCAUCAU